AUGUCUAAACGAAGGAUCGAAGUAAUGGAUCCAUUUAUUAAGAAGAAGCGUGAGGAAAAGGCGGCAGCGGCUGCAAAAUCAGGAACCAGCGGUGAAGGAUCUUCAGACACAUCAGUAGCUACACUUGGAACAUCUUUACCGCCUAACGCUACAAGCACACCAGGUGUAAAUCCAUACACAGGUCUGCCACACUCACCGCGAUACCAUGAGCUUUUACGAAAGAGGCUUGGUCUACCCGUGUGGGAAUAUAAGAAUGAUUUUAUGCGUCUUCUCAAUUCCCACCAGUGCGUUGUACUUGUGGGUGAAACUGGUUCUGGGAAAACAACACAAAUCCCCCAAUGGUGUGUUGAGUUUGCUGCCGUUACAGCUGGAAAAUCCAAAGGUGUGGCCUGUACUCAACCGAGAAGGGUAGCUGCCAUGUCUGUAGCGCAGAGAGUUGCUGAAGAAAUGGAUGUAGCUUUGGGACAACAAGUUGGUUACAGUAUUCGUUUUGAGGACUGUUCUGGUCCACUAACGGUAUUGAAAUACAUGACAGAUGGUAUGUUACUCCGAGAAGCUAUGUCUGAUCCAAUGCUGGACCAGUACAGAGUAAUCUUGCUUGAUGAAGCUCAUGAAAGGACAUUGGCUACUGACAUAUUGAUGGGAGUCCUAAAAGAAGUUAUUAAACAACGGACUGACUUAAAACUAGUUAUUAUGUCUGCCACUCUGGAUGCAGGAAAAUUCCAGCAAUAUUUUGAUAAUGCACCUCUAAUGAACGUCCCCGGAAGAACCCACCCUGUUGAAAUAUUCUACACACCACAGCCUGAGCGAGAUUAUUUAGAAGCAGCUAUACGUACAGUGAUACAAAUUCAUCUCUGCGAGGAAGUUGCUGGUGACAUCCUCUUAUUUUUAACUGGACAAGAAGAGAUAGAAGAUGCUUGUAAACGAAUUAAACGAGAGAUUGAUAAUCUCGGUCCAGAUGCUGGCGAACUAAAGUGCAUUCCCCUAUAUUCCACGUUACCUCCGAAUCUACAGCAGCGUAUCUUCGAACCGGCGCCACCAAAUCGCCCAAACGGUGCAAUAGGUCGUAAAGUAGUUGUAUCCACUAACAUAGCUGAAACAUCCUUGACAAUUGACGGUGUAGUGUUUGUGAUAGACCCUGGUUUUGCUAAGCAGAAGGUCUAUAAUCCUCGAAUCCGUGUCGAGUCACUGCUGGUGUCUCCAAUCAGUAAGGCCUCAGCUCAGCAGAGAGCAGGGCGAGCUGGUAGGACUCGGCCCGGGAAGUGCUUCAGACUCUACACAGAGAAGGCGUAUAAGAACGAGAUGCAGGAUAAUACCUAUCCGGAAAUUUUGAGAUCGAACUUAGGAUCUGUAGUUUUGCAGUUGAAAAAGUUGGGGAUCGACGACCUGGUGCAUUUCGACUUCAUGGACCCACCUGCGCCCGAGACCUUGAUGCGGGCGUUGGAGUUGCUCAACUACUUGGCUGCACUGGAUGAUGACGGCAAUCUUACUGACCUGGGUGCAGUGAUGGCGGAAUUUCCCUUGGACCCACAAUUGGCGAAGAUGCUCAUAGCCAGUUGCAACCACAACUGCUCAAAUGAAAUACUAUCUAUCACAGCCAUGUUAUCAGUACCACAAUGUUUCGUCCGACCAAACGAGGCGCGGAAGGCCGCGGACGAGGCCAAAAUGAGGUUCGCUCACAUAGACGGUGAUCAUCUCACGUUACUCAAUGUCUACCACGCUUUUAAACAGAACAUGGAAGACCCACACUGGUGCUAUGACAACUUCAUCAACUACCGUUCACUCAAAUCCGGUGAUAAUGUGAGGCAGCAGCUCAGCAGAAUUAUGGACAGGUUUAAUCUAAAGAGGACGAGCACAGAAUUUACCAGUAAGGAUUACUACAUUAACAUUAGGAAAGCACUCGUCAACGGAUUCUUUAUGCAGGUCGCUCACUUGGAAAGGAGUGGACACUACUUAACAGUAAAAGACAACCAGAUAGUCCAACUUCACCCGUCUACAUGUCUGGACCACAAACCCGAUUGGGUCAUAUACAAUGAAUUUGUGCUAACCACCAAGAAUUAUAUCAGAACCGUCACUGAUAUUAAACCGGAAUGGUUACUACGCAUCGCGCCACAGUACUACGAAUUAAAUAACUUCCCAGUCUGCGAAGCGAGACGUCAGCUGGAAUUACUACAGGCGCGACUCGACUCCAAAUCCUACCAAGAGGGAUUCUAA